AUGAAGACCCGACCUGCAGGGAUCGGCAAUUCCAAUGCCGACUGGAUGGGCUCCCUCCCCCCCAAACUCAGUGCCAUGCCCCUCAAACACCUCGCUGUGCCAGGGUCCCAUGAUUCUUUUACCUACUGGGUAGAUGUGCAUGCUCCUGUGGGACCUGACCAGAAGGUAUAUGUGAAGUACCUCGCCACCAUGUUCAGCGUCUUAGCCAAGAAGGUCAUGGUGAAGUGGUCCAUGACCCAGAAUCUGACAUUUAAAGAGCAGCUGGAUGCAGGAAUUCGCUACUUUGAUCUCAGGGUCUCCUCCAAACCGGGGGAGCCUGGAACUGAGAUCUACUUCAUCCAUGGCCUUUUUGGCCACAAGGUGUGCGACGGUUUGUUAGAAAUUAACUCCUUCUUAAGCAGACACAGGAAAGAGGUAGUGUUUCUAGACUUCAACCACUACUAUGCAAUGGGCCCAGAGCAUCAUGUGUACCUCAUCAACAUGCUGCAGGAAGUGUUUGGCAGCAAGCUGUGUAACAACUGUGCAGUGGAGAGCAUCACUCUGGACUACCUCUGGCAGAAGAAAUACCAGGUGAUUGUGUUCUACCAUCAUCCAUCAGCUCAGGGCAUCUCUGUCAUGUGGCCUGGCAACAAGAUCCCUGCUCCCUGGGCGAACACCACAGAACCCAACAAGCUCACACAGUUCCUGGAGACGACACUUAAAGAAAGAGCCAAGCAGGGAUCCUUCCACGUGUCUCAGGCCAUCCUGACACCCAGGGUCAACACCGUGGCCAAAGGCCUGGUCUGGGGGCUGCGCAACUACCUGGUGGAGAAAAACCUGCCGACCAUCAUGGCCUGGGUUAAGGAUCAGAAGCCAGGGGUGGACGGGGUCAACAUCAUCACCUCUGACUUUGUGGAGCUCACGGACUUUGCCAACAUAGUCAUCAAACUCAACAAUCUACUGUUGUCUGAACAGGACGGCAAACUAAGAUGA